CCGCCCCGCCAGACCCCCCCUUCUCCUCCGCCCCACCGCUGGGCUGGAGAGGGGGCAAGUCUUCCCAGCAGCCCUCUGUGGCUGUGUCCCAGUCCACCUCCACAGCAGCCCACUACCAGCUCUACUCUCAGUCUGUGCACUUCACCCACGGGGGCCGCGAAAGGGCAGGGGGGCCCAGUACCGGCGCUGGAGGAGGAGGGGUGGACCACACGCACCAGUACUCUAAUGCCCCCGCCCACGCCGCUCAGAGCAGGACUGCCUCUAGGAAAGGGGGCUACCCAGGGGAGCCUGUUGGAUCAGGAGGGGGAGGAGGAGUGGGGGGGGGCAAGGCUGCAGGUCUAAGGAGGGGCUACAGUAACGCCGCCCCACCUUCAGGCAGUGCCACAGUGAUGCCCCAGCAGCAGCAGACCACCCAGAGCCAGCCGCAGAGGGCAGACCGCAGUGCGGCUGGGGGGGCUGGAGAGGGAGUACCUAAAGGAGGGGGGGCGCGGAGAGGGAAGGGCCCUUUGGUAAAGCAGUCCAAGGUGGAGGACCUGCGGGCUGGCCAGGGCACACUGGGGGGCAAGGCCCCAGUGGAGAAGAGCUCCAUCCCCAUCCCCACCAUCAUAGUCAAGGCCCCCUCCAUCAGCAGUGGCAGUGGCCGCAGCAGCCAGGGCAGCAGUGUGGAGGCUGAGCCCACCCCCCCAGGGGAGACCGACAGAACCAAACCCCCCCACGGACCCCCUUCCACCCCAGCCCCGCAACCCCCUGCUCCUCCCUCCAUCCCGGCCCCUCCACCACCCUCCUUCCGAGGCCAGGAUAGUGACUUCACUAGCCAGUUUGGGGCGGCCAUCGUGGGUGCAGCCCGCCGGGACAGGGAACGCUUCCAUGAGGCCCGCAGGAAGAGCGCCUCCAUCUUCAUGUCUGCCGAGGAGGAGGUGGGGCCAGGGGGAGGAGGAGGAGGGGGAGGAGGAGGAGGGGCAGGCAGGACACAGACCACUCAGCAGCAGCAGUUCAGCCCCCAGUCCGGUGGCCCCCCCCCACGCCUCCGGCCCUCCAAGUCCAUCGACGAGGGCAUGUUCUCUGGGGACACCUUCAUCCACCACACCCGCAGCAUGCCCCCUGCCUUCGGCCUGCCAGAGUACUCCUCCCCGGCUCCAGACUACCAGCCCAAGUCUGUUCCGGCUGACUUCUACGGGGCGUCAAGCCGGCAGCAGGUCCCCUCUGGCACCACCUUCAUCCACCCCCUGACAGGAAAGGUCCUGGACCCCUCGUCCCCCCUGGGUCUGGCCCUGGCUGCCAGGGAGCGGGCCCUGAAGGACGACGGCAGGAUGAGGAGGGAGAGAGGGACCGAGCACCAGUUUGUACGACAGAUGUCCAGUGUGGUGACAUUCCCCUCCCAGGCCACCUCACCCACACCGGCUUCCUCAGCCACCCAUUCCUCCAGCUCCUCCUAUCUGGUCACCUCCUCAUCCCUAGCCGCCACCACCUCCUCCACCAGCCAACCCCCCUCCCCCAGGAUCCUCAGGGGUGCAGGCUGGGGCGAGGAGGGGGGAGGAGGGGAGCGGGAGAGGGAGGGUGGCGGGGCCAGAGAGGGGCUGAGGGUGCGCUUCUCUGAGGACAAAACAGUCCACACACAUCACUACCAGUCCCAGCACUACCAACCCUCCUACAGGGAGGAAAGACAGAGGGAGAGGUCGAGAGAGAGGGAGAGGGAGAGGUCGAGAGAAAGGGAGCGGGACAGAGAGGGGUACAUGAGGCAGCAGACAGCACCUACCCAGCAGCCCCAUCAGCUGUCGUCCCAGCAGCCUCGCCAGGCCUCGUUUCUGAGGAUGGAGAGUGAGGCAGGCUACAUCCUGUCUCUCACCCCUCCAUCUCCCCCCGCUACAGCCGCCCCGUCUCACCCUCAGGGGGGAGGGGGUUCCGGGGGCAGUGGCCUCAUGGUUCUGCCGCCCCCUGCCCCCUCUGUGGAUGUGGAUGAUGAGUUUGUGUUUGCUGACCCACUGCCCCCUCCGCUGGAGUUUGCCAACAGCUUUGACCGGGGUGGAAUGUCAGGUUACACACACCGUGCCAUUAUCAACAACCUGGCCUCACGCCAGCAGCAGCCCCCACCACCUCCCCCUCCUCCCCCACCACCCCCUCCAAAAGACAUGUUUAUCAGUGGGUUCCCGGCCCACACCCCCCUACCCUCCCCACAGGCGGGGGACUCUACCACCUCCAGCCUUACCUCCUAUGACAGUGAGGUGGCCAACCUGACCCAGUCAGGAAACUCCCCCACUCAGACAUCACCCAACCCCCUUCCUCCACCCUCACCCUCCAGCCUCCAGCCCACAGGACCCCCGCCUCCCCCCUCUGUCUCCCCCCCACCCCCACCCAGCUCCUUUCACAGACCCUCCCUUGCCAUGACCCACUCUCACCACCUCUACAACAGCACGCACACCGGGCGCUCCUCUCCUUCCCAUGGGCGCUCCUCCCCCACUCCUCCUCCCAAAGGUCGCUUCUCCCCCACCCAGGGUCGCUCCUCCCCCACCCAGGGUCGCUCCUCCCCCACCCAGGGUCGCUCCUCCACCAUCCAUAGGAGCUCAUCCCCCACCCCUCCUCCCCACUCCAUUGCAGGUUCCCCAUCCUACCGUGGUCCCCCUCCCAUCUCCUCCACCGCAGCCUCCUCUGGCCCCUUCCGGGGCUCUGCAGCCCUGACUUCCACCGCUCCCUGUACCACCACCACCACCACCACCACCGCUGCCACCACCACGAGGACCUCAGUCCAGCCCCACCAGGACAGGACACACCCAGCCCCCUCUGGUUCUACAGCGGCCGGCCGCAGGAUAGGGGAGCACCACCCUCACCCCACAGCCAAGGCAGGGGAGUCCCAGGAGACGGUGGUGGACUCUGGGAUAGAGGAGCUGGACAGCCGCAGCAGCAGUGACCACCACCUGGACAACAUCCUGGCCAUGAGCGGAGGAGCCAGAGAGAGGCUGGAAGAGAGGCUGGAGAGAGGGAGGGAGGGAGGAGGAGGAGGGGAGGGAGACAGGGCGGGAGGAGCAGACCUCCUGGAGUCGUACAUGAGCUACCUGGACGGACAGACGUUUGACAUGCACAACGCCACAGCCGCCGUCUCCACCUACCCCAAAUCAGGCAGGUUCAGGGAGGGGGGGCGUGCGGCCGAACUACGCAGAGAGACCGGUACCGCCCCGCCCUCCUUCCAGUCACACAGACGGAGGGAGGAUGAGGAAGAGGAGGAGGAGGGCGAGGAAGGAGAGGAGGAGGACGAUGGAGGACGGGAGGGUUAUGGGAUGACACAGAAUUUGGGGCGUCCCACGUCACCCUACUUUGACCGGCCCCGGACCCCUGAGAUGAAGCCUCUGUGGGGGUCAGAGGGUCAGUUAGUAGGGGACCAGGGGACCUACCUGGAGGGCCGGAGGCUGUACCCCCCCAUAUCCAGCAUGAAGGCCAGCAUCAUCAAUGAGCUCAGCAACAAACUGCAGCAGAGAGGGAGCCAGAGAUCACUAAGUAGACACAGAAACAGGUUUUCAGAAGACUCCGCCUCGGCCCUGAGCCCUCCCUCAGUUCGUUCCCUGUCCCCCUCCCCUAUCCACCACUCCCAGCCCGCCCUGUCCCUGUCCCCCACCCCUUCCUCCCAGUACCCCAACUGGAACCGUCCCCCGUCCCCCCAGCCCCCUGUGGCUGCCGUACAGCCCCCUCCACGCUCCCACUCUCCCCUGUCCUCCCCCACCUACUCCCCUUAUCCCACCUCCCCUAAACACCGGCCUGUGUAUCGCACCAAAGCCCUGGAGUUCCAGUUCAUUCCAAGUAGAGAGUCCAGGAAGGCAGAGUCCCACCACCUGCAGCGUAGGAGAGCCCCCAGUCCCCUCAUCUCCCCCUCAGAGAGGCCCAAACUGGGUCCCCCCCGCCCCUCCUCCCUCCCCCUCCUCCCCACCACACCCCUCUACAGCAGCCUCUACGAACUUCGCGGCUCUAUGACCCCGCCCUCACCCGCUAACCACAUGGGGGACCCCUACUUCUCCCCCUCCCCUCCUCUCUUCGCCCCCUCUGGUGCCCCUCCUCCCCCCAAACGCCUCCCUGUUGGUGUCUCGCUCCCUCUCCCCCACACACUUUUUAUCUGCUACCCCCACCUCCCUCCCCCAGCCCCCUCCAAGCCCUUUGCCUCCAAGCCACUGCCUUAUUGGACCAAAUACGACGUGGCUGAUUGGCUGGGAUACCUGAACCUGGGUGAGCACAGGGAGCAUUUCCUGGACAACGAGAUCGACGGCACUCACCUGCCCUCCCUCACCAAGGAGGACUAUCUAGACCUGGGGGUGACGCGUGUUGGACACCGCAUGAACAUUGACCGUGCUCUGAAGAGAGUGACUGACAGGCUCUCCAGCUCUCCUUUUCCCAUUUCUGCUCUGUCACCACGAGGAAGAAGGGAUGAUGGGAGUCGGAGCUGAGAAGACAAACAGAAAGAGAAAGGAGGGGGGAUGGAGUCAGUGAGGGAACAGGAGAGAGAGAGGCCACAACUGCUGCUAUCCAUGAUGGAUUCACACAACAAAAGCAGAGGACCUGAUUUCACCCAGAGGGAGGACCGAUCAGGAAAAGAGAGGGGAAAUGAGGGAUGGAACAAGGGCUGACCAAUGCCUGGUACUCAGGGCCUGGUAGCUGACUCACACAGAUACACUCGCAUGCACACAAAUACAGUAACACACACAAGCACUGACUCUAAUGUCAACACACACACACAAACACUACGAGGAUGGAAUGACUGAAUGUACAUUGAGGCAACAAAUAACAAUAUGAGUAAAAUAGUGACAAAACUUUGCCCAAAAUAUUGAGAGAAACAAUCAAAUUGUUUACCUUUUUCAUCUGAGCAGUUCAUAGUGUUGUUGGGGAAAGAGAGAAUGAGGAUUGUCCUCAUUAUUAACACUAGUUAGAGCUUUCUCCACCUGUCUUCUCUGGGUAGCUGUAGUUCCUCCUCUCUACCCUAGGGUUAGGUAGCUCCUCCUCUCUACCCUAGGGUUAGGUAGCUCCUCCUCUCUACCCUAGGAUUAGGUAGCUCCUCCUCUACCC